GUGCGCGCGCAUUGACUUUUCCUUCCCCCAGAGUAGUAGUCCCGAGCCACGAACGAGCUAUCCUUUUUUUAUUAUUUUUCUUUUCUUGUAUCCUCCAUUCCCCAUCAUCCAGCAAGCAGAGCAAUUCAAUUCAGUUGUCGUGUGGGUAUUCGUAAAUCCGACCAGAAAAGAAGUCUGGUUCCAUCCACAUCUUGACUUCCCCAGCCUCCCAAGGACUGCUCACAGCCGGGCCCGACUUUGCUGAUUGCUGAUUAUGCUGGCGGGCGGGGUUUAGCUCCAAACGUCACCUGCGAGUGAGGGGGAUCGUAGUAAUUUGGGGGUGAACUAGCUCAGUACCUCCUAGACUAGCUCUCAACCUGCCUUCUCUCCUCUUUGCUUUCCAUCUCGUCUUCGUGCACCUCACACUCGUUUGUUUUUGUGUCUUUGCAUCACUCCCUUUUCUCGUAGCUGGUGGUCUCGUGGAUCGCGCGGCUCACCUCCCGCCGCAAUGGGUCAAGGAAGUGCCGUUUACUGCACUCUUCUACUGAGUGAUCACUAUCUCCCAGGCGCCACCGUUCUUGCUCAUUCUCUCCGCGACAAUGGCUCCAAAGCUAAGCUGGUUGCUCUGUUCACCCCGGACAGCUUGCAGCCAGCAACAAUCCAGGAACUUCAGGCUGUUUAUGAUGAACUAAUCCCCGUGCACCCUCUGACAAACAUCACUCCAGCGAACCUCUGGCUCAUGGAUCGGCCGGACUUGAUCGCAACCUUCACAAAGAUCGAGCUCUGGCGCCAAACACAGUACAAGCGCAUAGUCUACCUUGAUUGUGAUGUGGUCGCACUCAGAGCGCCCGAUGAACUCCUAGGGUUGGACGUGGAUUUCGCAGCGGUUCCAGAUGUAGGCUGGCCGGAUUGCUUCAACAGCGGUGUUAUGGUGCUCCGUCCUAAUCUACAGGAUUACCUUGCCCUCAGAGCAUUGGCAGAGCGAGGUAUCAGUUUCGAUGGCGCUGAUCAGGGUCUUUUGAACAUGCACUUUCGCGAUUGGCACAGACUGAGCUUUUCGUACAAUUGCACACCUAGUGCGAACUACCAGUAUAUCCCCGCCUACAAGCAUUUUCAAAGUACGAUCAGCAUGAUUCAUUUCAUUGGUGCUCAGAAACCCUGGAAUAUGGCGAGGCAGGUGGAACCAACUCAAUCUCCUUAUAAUCAGUUGCUGGGAAGAUGGUGGGCUGUCUACGAUAGGCACUAUCGUCCUGUCGUGACUACGAAUCAGCCAAUCCAGCUACCUAAGCCUGUGCCUACAAUUCAGGUGGAAACCCCACAUCAGGAAUUCUAUGGGGCUCACCAGGAGGAUGUACAGCCGCCGCCGCCGCCGCACAGGGAGUAUACGGAGUAUGUGUCUCAUGAGCAAGCUCAAGAAACACACUUCGAACCGUCGUCGCAAGCGCCAUACGAACACCCGCAAGAACAUCAACAGAUUUCUCACCAGGACUUCGCGCCGUUCCAGCCAGCUCAGCCACCAACUCAACCACCAGCAUCGGCACCAAGUUACUCUACACAAGUUGCGCACGAGGCUCCACAGGUGCACCAAACGCAUGAGACUUACCAAGCACAUCCUCAACAGAGUGUGGCAGCACCAGCUCCUGAACCCACCCCUGUAGCAGGCUCAAGUGUACCCAUUGAGCACGAGCGACGACAGGAACAGCGUGCGGUUGAGAGUGCGCAAGCGCCAAUCAUAAGUGCUGUUCCGCGGUAUGUUCGUGGGGAAGAGCAUGUCACGGCAUACAUACAUCCUCAAUCAGGCGAGACAUCAUAUGUAGCUCAUAGCGAGCCGCAAUCGCAUGCACAUGAACCUAGCAUGUCAUCAAACAUACAAUCACAUCCCCCACAGUCACAAUAUGUCCAGCACGAGUACCAUCAACAGCCUACAGAGCCAGUCAAUGUGCCUGACGAGCAGCCACCUGCACCGCCAUCUCCGAAACCUGAAGUACAGACUACGUUUGAGCCGCCCAAGGCAGAAUGGGAUGCAUCCAAGGAACCUCCGCCACUGAACACGAAGCCAGAAGGUAUCGCUUUGGAGAAGAAGACCUACGCCAUGUCGCAGGAUGAGCAGCUCUUCCAGCCUCCAGAGUCCUACCCGGAAGCACCCAAGAACAUGUACUAUGAAGUCCCAAGCACCAAGCCGGAGCCCGAAAAGCUUGCCCAGGUAUUUCCCUGGGAGACUCGUGCGCCUAGACCAACGCGUGUGUUCCCAGAAGACGACCAGAGCUCAACUACAUUUACCCUUCCAAGAUCAUUCAUUGAAAGCACGGAAGACGAGUAUGGCCCGUCACCUGAUUCUCGAGUGACGUCCUGGACAUCCGAAGAUCCAACCGAAUCCUGGGACUCUUACUCGCGGUCUAAUGCUUGGGACGAAAUCCCAGAGAUCCAAAGAUACAUCCAAUCCAUACAACAAUCCCGCAAAGGCAAGGUGCAGGUGCUCACCGGCGGCCCAUCCAGCACAGGACAGAGCCUAGUAUCCGGCCAAGAAAGAUACACUUUCAGCUGGUCCAACAAUACACGGGUGACAGACUUCCCCAGCGAGCAAGAACGGCCUAGCCUCCCGGUAACCCCCGCACCUAUUCGCAGGAAGCCCCCUAUCCCAGGUGAAGAAGACUCCGACACAGGUCUACUUCCGCCCGCACACGGUGUGCCAAACCAGGAGGACUGGAACCCUACAGCCGGCCUCGAGGACCUUCGUCGACGUCAGUCCGAAGUGUUGGAAAAUCCAGAUUUGCUGUUUGAGCGGAUCUUGAUGUGCUCAUCGGCUGCUUCUGGUCAUGCUUGAGGGAGUCAUAGUCAUGAGUUUACGUACGAUAUUAUGUGUGAAAUGCGUUUGUUUUGAGCAUUGAUUUUUCCUAUUCAUUCCUCGGCAAUGCGAGUUUCAUCUUUAUCCCUUAGCUAGCUGUCUUGUGCUUUGCAUUUUUUGUUUUGUUUGUGCACACAGCAUUGUUAUCUUCGCUAGUACUCUCUUCUUGUUUGUUCUCUCUAUACCUUGUCUGGCAUUGUACAGUAUCUUAUUGACCCACAUGCAUAUGCAUCCGAUUGCUGUGUUGUUUCGUUUUGCGGAUACAAUCUGUUACUAUGCCAUACAUUAGGAGCGCAUCCUUGUUAUUUUGAUCUGCUUUGAGUGUCUCAAGACUGAGUUGACGGCUGUUAUUCUAUGUUUAUUAAUACUGUGGUUUGAUUGAGCGAAUGAAAGAGCUAUGAUGUGUUGUGAGAGUUUG